AUGGCUGAAGAGGACACACUGCUGUCCAAAGACCCUGAAAGCUCCAGAGCACACCUAGCUGAGACCCCUACUGUUAAAGAGCUAGAAGAGCUCCUCAGCACAGGGAGACCUUCCUGUAACCAUGUCGAUGAGGUGUGGCCUAACCUUUUCUUAGGAGAUCUAGUUACAGCCCACAACCGAUUUGGUUUAUGGAAGAUGGGCAUUAGCCAUGUUUUAAAUGCGACCCAUGGCAAAAUAUUUUGCCAAGGAUCCCACAGCUUCUACGGUCCCACCACUGAAUAUUAUGGAGUACCAGCCUAUGACCUUCCGGAUUUCGACUUAAGUCCCUAUUUCUACCCUGCAGCAGAAUUUAUACACAAAGCCUUGAGCACCCCAGGAGCUCCCCAGAGGAGGCGCUAAAAUGGCAGAAGUCCACUGCAAGCAGCUGCCUGCUGGAUUGCUCUCUAUUCAAGAGCUCAGUGAAUGACAGACCAAGGAUACCACUGCCAGAGCUUCCAUCAAAUCCUGU